AUGCAUCAUCAUCAUCCAUUUCUCGAUGCAGGAUUAGGUGGUUUUGCUGGCUAUGAACUCGGACGUCAUACCGGUUUUGGCAGUCCACUUAUUGAUGCAGGAUUAGGUGCUUUCGGUGGCUAUGAACUUGGAAAUUAUAUGAAUAAUGGCGGCUUCGGAGGUGGCUACGGAGGUGGCUUCGGUGGUGCUCCAUAUGGUGGAGGAUAUGGUGGUGGUUUUGGAAAUUCAUAUGGAUAUGGCGGUGGAUAUUAUUAA